CACAAAGUAAUCAGGCAAUAUAAUCGUGAAGAGACGCAAGUGAGAAAGUUCAACAGCAGCAAACUACAAAUAAUAAUCAAAAGCAUUUAUAAAAGUUCUUUGGGUGUGAAAGUUAAAGAAAAGUGAAUAAAAUAAAUAAUAACUAGAGAUCAAAGAAAAUAAUUCAAAAUGCAGAUCUUUGUGAAGACAUUGACUGGAAAGACUAUCACCUUGGAAGUGGAGCCUUCUGAUACCAUUGAGAAUGUGAAAGCCAAGAUCCAAGACAAGGAGGGAAUCCCUCCAGAUCAGCAGCGUCUGAUCUUCGCCGGCAAGCAGCUGGAGGAUGGCCGUACCCUAUCGGACUACAACAUCCAGAAGGAGUCGACCCUUCACUUGGUCCUCCGUCUCCGUGGUGGUAUGCAGAUCUUCGUGAAGACCCUGACAGGAAAGACCAUCACCUUGGAGGUGGAGCCUUCUGAUACCAUUGAAAACGUCAAGGCCAAGAUUCAGGACAAGGAGGGAAUCCCUCCAGAUCAGCAGCGUCUGAUCUUCGCCGGCAAGCAGCUGGAGGAUGGCCGUACCCUUUCGGACUACAACAUCCAGAAGGAGUCGACCCUUCACUUGGUCCUGCGUCUCCGUGGUGGUAUGCAGAUCUUCGUGAAGACCCUGACAGGAAAGACCAUCACCCUGGAAGUGGAGCCUUCUGAUACCAUUGAGAACGUCAAGGCUAAGAUCCAAGACAAGGAGGGAAUCCCUCCAGAUCAGCAGCGUCUGAUCUUCGCCGGCAAGCAGCUGGAGGAUGGCCGCACUCUCUCCGAUUACAACAUCCAGAAGGAGUCGACCCUUCACUUGGUCCUCCGUCUUCGUGGUGGUAUGCAGAUCUUUGUGAAGACCCUGACAGGAAAGACCAUCACCCUGGAAGUGGAGCCCAGCGAUACCAUUGAGAACGUCAAGGCUAAGAUCCAAGACAAGGAGGGAAUCCCUCCAGAUCAGCAGCGUCUGAUCUUCGCCGGCAAGCAGCUGGAGGAUGGCCGUACCCUUUCGGACUACAACAUCCAGAAGGAGUCGACCCUUCACUUGGUCCUGCGUCUCCGUGGUGGUAUGCAGAUCUUUGUGAAGACCCUGACAGGAAAGACCAUCACCUUGGAGGUGGAGCCUUCUGAUACCAUUGAAAACGUCAAGGCCAAGAUUCAGGAUAAGGAGGGAAUCCCUCCAGAUCAGCAGCGUCUGAUCUUCGCCGGCAAGCAGCUGGAGGAUGGCCGUACCCUUUCGGACUACAACAUCCAGAAGGAGUCGACCCUUCACUUGGUCCUCCGUCUCCGUGGUGGUAUGCAGAUCUUCGUGAAGACCCUGACAGGAAAGACCAUCACCUUGGAAGUGGAGCCUUCUGAUACCAUUGAGAACGUCAAGGCUAAGAUUCAGGAUAAGGAGGGAAUCCCUCCAGAUCAGCAGCGUCUGAUCUUCGCCGGCAAGCAGCUGGAGGAUGGCCGCACUCUCUCUGAUUACAACAUCCAGAAGGAGUCCACUCUUCACUUGGUCCUGCGUCUCCGUGGUGGUAUGCAGAUCUUCGUGAAGACCCUGACAGGAAAGACCAUCACCUUGGAAGUGGAGCCUUCUGAUACCAUUGAGAACGUCAAGGCUAAGAUCCAAGACAAGGAGGGAAUCCCUCCAGAUCAGCAGCGUCUUAUCUUCGCCGGCAAGCAGCUGGAGGAUGGCCGUACUCUCUCUGAUUACAACAUCCAGAAGGAGUCGACCCUUCACUUGGUCCUCCGUCUCCGUGGUGGUAUGCAGAUCUUCGUGAAGACCCUGACAGGAAAGACCAUCACCUUGGAAGUGGAGCCUUCUGAUACCAUUGAGAACGUCAAGGCUAAGAUCCAAGACAAGGAGGGAAUCCCUCCAGAUCAGCAGCGUCUGAUCUUCGCCGGCAAGCAGCUGGAGGAUGGCCGUACUCUUGAUUACAACAUCCAGAAGGAGUCGACCCUUCACUUGGUCCUCCGUCUCCGUGGUGGUAUGCAGAUCUUUGUGAAGACCCUGACAGGAAAGACCAUCACCCUGGAGGUGGAGCCUUCUGAUACCAUUGAAAACGUCAAGGCCAAGAUUCAGGACAAGGAGGGAAUCCCUCCAGAUCAGCAGCGUCUGAUCUUCGCCGGCAAACAGCUGGAGGAUGGCCGCACUCUCUCUGAUUACAACAUCCAGAAGGAGUCCACUCUUCACUUGGUUCUGCGUCUCCGUGGUGGCUGCCAAGCUUAAUUUAAGUUUCACCCAAAAUAAAUGCAAGAUUUCAAUGAAUUUAAUCAAGUAUCACACACUUAAACAAUUGGCUACAAGUAUUGCACCAUUCCCUAUUUUUUCCAAAUUACACUUGAAACCGCAAAAGAAAUUCCAAAUUACAAGUUCAAGCAUUAAGCUGAAUCUAAAUAAAUAAAAUAUAUAACUGCUGUUUCUUCUGGCUUAAACAUUUGGCUUGCUUUUACCACAAAAAUAGAUUGACAAAAUAAAUAAAAUUGAUUAUAUUAAAA